AUGGCACAAUCAGUGCUGGUACCACCAGGACCUGACAGCUUUCGCUACUUCACCAGGGAAUCCCUUGCUGCUAUUGAGCAACGCAUUGCAGAAGAAAAAGCUACAAAACCCAAACAAGGACGAAAGGAUGAGGAUGAUGAAAAUGGCCCCAAAGCAAAUAGUGAUUUGGAAGCAGGAAAAUCCCUCCCAUUUAUUUAUGGAGACAUUCCACCCGGAAUGGUGUCAGAGCCCUUGGAGGACCUGGAUCCAUACUAUAUCAAUAAAAAAACUUUUAUAGUAUUGAAUAAAGGGAAGGCAAUCUUCCGAUUCAGUGCCACAUCUGCCCUGUACAUUUUAACUCCUUUCAACCCUAUUAGAAAAAUAGCUAUUAAGAUUUUGGUACAUUCUUUAUUCAGCAUGCUCAUUAUGUGUACUAUUCUGACCAAUUGUGUGUUUAUGACCAUGAGUAACCCUCCAGACUGGACAAAGAAUGUAGAGUACACAUUCACAGGAAUUUAUACUUUUGAAUCACUUAUAAAAAUUCUUGCAAGGGGCUUCUGUUUAGAAGGAUUCACAUUUCUUCGGGACCCUUGGAACUGGCUUGAUUUCACUGUCAUUACUUUUGCAUAUGUGACAGAGUUUGUGGACCUGGGCAAUGUCUCAGCGUUGAGAACAUUCAGAGUUCUCCGAGCAUUGAAAACAAUUUCGGUCAUUCCAGGAUUAAAGACUAUUGUAGGGGCUCUGAUCCAGUCAGUGAAGAAGCUUUCUGAUGUCAUGAUCCUGACUGUGUUUUGUCUGAGUGUUUUUGCACUCAUUGGGCUCCAGCUGUUCAUGGGCAACCUGAGAAAUAAAUGUUUGCAAUGGCCCCCAGAUAACUCUACCUUUGAAAUAAACAUUACUUCCUACUUUAAUAGCUCAUGGGAUGGAAAUGGUACCUAUUACAAUAAGACAGUGAGCAUGUUUAACUGGGAUGACUACAUUGAGGACAGAAGUCAUUUUUACAUUUUGGAAGGGCAAAAUGAUGCAUUGCUUUGUGGUAACAGCUCUGAUGCAGGCCAGUGUCCAGAAGGAUAUAUAUGUGUAAAAGCUGGCAGAAACCCCAACUACGGCUAUACAAGCUUUGACACCUUCAGUUGGGCUUUCUUGUCCCUGUUUCGACUGAUGACUCAGGACUUCUGGGAAAAUCUUUAUCAACUGACACUUCGUGCAGCUGGCAAGACAUACAUGAUUUUUUUUGUGCUGGUUAUUUUCUUGGGCUCUUUCUACCUUAUAAACUUGAUCCUGGCUGUGGUUGCCAUGGCCUAUGAAGAGCAGAAUCAGGCCACUUUGGAAGAGGCAGAGCAGAAGGAGGCUGAGUUUCAGCAGAUGUUAGAACAACUUAAGAAGCAACAGGAAGAAGCUCAGGCAGCGGCGGCAGCAGCAUCUGCAGAAUCAAGAGAAUUUAGUGGAGGUGGUGGGGUAGGAGGCUUCUCAGAGAGCUCUUCAGAAGCCUCAAAGUUGAGCUCAAAAAGUGCAAAAGAAAGAAGGAACAGGAGAAAGAAAAGAAAACAGAAAGAACAGUCUGGAGAAGAAGAGAAACAAGAAGAGGAAUUCCACAAAUCUGAAUCAGAAGAUAGUAUCAGAAAGAAAGGUUUUCGUUUUUCCAUCGAAGGAAAUCGCCUGACCUAUGAAAAGAGGUUCUCUUCUCCCCACCAGUCUUUAUUGAGCAUCCGUGGCUCUCUUUUUUCUCCAAGACGCAACAGCCGGACCAGCAUUUUCAGCUUCAGGGGUCGAGCAAAAGAUAUUGGCUCUGAAAAUGACUUUGCUGAUGAUGAGCACAGCACUUUUGAAGACAAUGAUAGUAGAAGAGAUUCCCUGUUUGUUCCACACAGACAUGGAGAACGACGCCACAGUAACGUUAGUCAGGCUAGCCGAUCAUCUCGGGUGCUUCCCAUAUUGCCAGUGAAUGGAAAAAUGCACAGCUCAGUGGAUUGUAAUGGUGUGGUUUCUCUGGUUGGUGGACCUUCGGCCCUGACAUCACCAACUGGGCAACUCCUGCCAGAGGGCACCACUACAGAAACAGAAAUAAGAAAGAGACGAUCUAGUUCUUAUCAUGUGUCCAUAGAUUUGCUAGAAGACCCUUCUGGAAGGCAAAGAGCAAUGAGUAUAGCCAGUAUACUUACCAACACAAUGGAAGAACUUGAAGAAUCCAGACAGAAAUGCCCACCGUGCUGGUAUAAAUUUGCUAACACAUGUUUGAUCUGGGAUUGCUGUGAACCAUGGCUAAAAGUAAAGCACAUUGUCAGUCUCAUUGUGAUGGACCCAUUUGUUGACCUGGCAAUUACCAUCUGCAUUGUCCUGAAUACACUCUUCAUGGCCAUGGAACAUUAUCCUAUGACGGAACAGUUUAGUGGGGUUCUUUAUGUAGGAAACCUGGUUUUUACUGGAAUCUUCACAGCAGAAAUGUUUCUCAAGAUAAUUGCCAUGGAUCCUUAUUAUUAUUUCCAAGAAGGCUGGAAUAUUUUUGAUGGUUUUAUUGUCAGCCUUAGUUUAAUGGAACUCGGUUUGGCAAAUGUGGAAGGAUUAUCUGUCCUCCGAUCAUUCAGACUGCUUCGAGUUUUCAAGUUGGCAAAAUCAUGGCCCACAUUGAACAUGCUGAUAAAGAUCAUUGGUAACUCCGUGGGGGCUCUGGGAAACCUGACCUUGGUGUUGGCCAUCAUUGUCUUUAUUUUUGCUGUGGUCGGCAUGCAGCUUUUUGGCAAGAGCUACAAAGAAUGUGUCUGCAAGAUCUCCAAUGACUGUGAACUUCCACGUUGGCACAUGCAUGACUUCUUCCAUUCCUUCCUGAUUGUGUUCCGGGUGCUGUGUGGAGAAUGGAUAGAGACUAUGUGGGACUGUAUGGAGGUGGCAGGUCAAACCAUGUGCCUUACUGUCUUCAUGAUGGUCAUGGUGAUUGGGAACCUGGUGGUACUGAACCUGUUUCUGGCCUUGCUGUUAAGCUCUUUUAGUUCAGAUAACCUUGCUGCCACAGAUGAUGACAAUGAAAUGAACAAUCUCCAGAUUGCUGUGGGAAGGAUGCAGAAGGGGAUAGAUUAUGUGAAAAGAAAAUUACGUGAAUUUAUCCAAAAAGCUUUUGUUAGGAAACAGAAAGCUUUGGAUGAAGUCAAACCGCUUGAGGAUUUAAACAAUAAGAAAGACAGCUGUAUUUCGAACCAUACCACAGUAGAAAUAGGCAAAGAUCUGAAUUAUCUUAAAGAUGGAAAUGGGACAACCAGUGGAAUAGGCAGCAGUGUUGAAAAAUAUGUUAUUGAUGAAAGUGACUACAUGUCAUUCAUAAACAACCCCAGCCUCACUGUAACAGUCCCAAUUGCUGUUGGCGAAUCUGACUUUGAGAAUUUGAAUACAGAAGAAUUCAGCAGUGAAUCAGAUCUAGAGGAAAGCAAAGAGAAGUUAAAUGCAUCUAGUUCAUCUGAAGGUAGCACAGUGGAUGUAGGAGCCCCUGCCGAAGGAGAACAGCCUGAAGUAGAGCCUGAAGAAGCCCUGGAACCAGAAGCCUGCUUCACAGAAGGCUGUGUACGCAAGUUCAAGUGUUGUCAGGUCAGCAUAGAAGAAGGCAGAGGAAAACUCUGGUGGAACUUAAGAAAAACUUGCUAUAAGAUAGUAGAACAUAACUGGUUUGAGACCUUCAUUGUCUUCAUGAUUCUCCUAAGUAGUGGUGCUCUGGCCUUUGAAGACAUAUAUAUUGAACAACGAAAAACAAUUAAGACAAUGUUGGAAUAUGCUGACAAGGUUUUUACAUACAUUUUCAUUCUGGAAAUGCUUCUGAAGUGGGUUGCAUAUGGUUUCCAAAUGUAUUUCACUAAUGCAUGGUGCUGGCUGGACUUUCUGAUUGUUGAUGUCUCUUUGGUUAGCUUAACUGCAAAUGCCUUGGGCUAUUCAGAGCUGGGUGCCAUCAAAUCUCUUCGGACACUAAGAGCUUUGAGACCGCUAAGAGCCUUAUCUCGGUUUGAAGGGAUGAGGGUGGUCGUGAAUGCCCUUUUAGGUGCAAUCCCCUCUAUCAUGAAUGUACUUCUCGUGUGUCUAAUAUUUUGGCUAAUAUUCAGCAUCAUGGGAGUAAAUCUUUUUGCUGGCAAAUUUUAUCACUGUAUUAACACCACUACUGGAGAAAUGUUCGACAUAAGCGUUGUCAACAAUCUGAGUGAAUGCCAGGCCCUUAUAGACAGUAAUCAAACAGCCCGAUGGAAAAAUGUGAAAGUAAACUUUGAUAACGUGGGACUUGGAUACCUUUCUUUGUUACAAGUGGCUACAUUUAAAGGAUGGAUGGAUAUCAUGUAUGCAGCUGUUGAUUCACGAAAUGUAGAGUGGCAACCCAAGUAUGAAGACAAUCUAUACAUGUAUCUUUAUUUUGUCAUCUUUAUUAUUUUUGGGUCGUUCUUCACUCUGAAUCUCUUCAUUGGUGUCAUCAUAGAUAACUUCAACCAACAGAAAAAGAAGUUUGGAGGUCAAGAUAUCUUUAUGACAGAAGAACAAAAGAAAUAUUACAAUGCCAUGAAAAAACUAGGCUCCAAGAAACCACAAAAACCUAUACCUCGACCUGCGAAUAAAUUCCAGGGAAUGGUUUUUGAUUUUGUAACCAGACAAGUCUUUGAUAUCAGCAUCAUGAUUCUCAUCUGCCUCAAUAUGGUCACCAUGAUGGUGGAGACUGACGAUCAGAGUCAAGAAAUGACUAACAUUCUUUAUUGGAUUAAUCUGGUGUUCAUUGUCCUCUUCACUGGAGAAUGUGUGCUGAAACUGAUAUCUCUCCGCUACUAUUACUUCACCAUAGGCUGGAACAUUUUUGACUUUGUGGUGGUCAUUCUCUCCAUUGUUGGUAUGUUUCUAGCAGAGCUGAUAGAAAAAUAUUUUGUGUCCCCUACCCUAUUUCGAGUGAUCCGUCUUGCCAGGAUUGGACGAAUCCUCCGUCUUAUCAAAGGAGCAAAGGGGAUCCGCACGCUUCUCUUUGCUUUGAUGAUGUCCCUCCCUGCUCUGUUCAACAUCGGGCUCCUGCUCUUCCUGGUCAUGUUUAUCUAUGCCAUCUUUGGAAUGUCCAACUUCGCCUAUGUCAAGAGGGAAGUUGGAAUCGAUGACAUGUUCAACUUUGAGACCUUUGGCAACAGCAUGAUCUGCCUCUUCCAAAUCACCACAUCUGCUGGUUGGGACGGUUUGCUCGCACCCAUUCUUAACAGUGGACCCCCAGACUGCGACCCCGAAAAAGAUCACCCUGGAAGCUCAGUCAAAGGAGAUUGUGGCAACCCCUCUGUUGGGAUUUUCUUUUUUGUCAGUUAUAUCAUCAUCUCAUUCCUGGUGGUGGUAAACAUGUACAUCGCUGUGAUCCUGGAGAACUUCAGUGUUGCUACUGAAGAAAGUGCUGAGCCGCUGAGUGAGGAUGAUUUUGAGAUGUUCUAUGAGGUUUGGGAGAAGUUUGACCCCGAUGCAACCCAAUUCAUAGAAUUCUGUAAACUCUCUGAUUUUGCAGCCGCCCUCGAUCCACCUCUUCUUAUAGCAAAACCAAACAAAGUCCAACUCAUAGCCAUGGAUCUGCCCAUGGUAAGUGGAGACAGAAUUCACUGCCUUGACAUCUUAUUUGCUUUUACAAAGCGUGUUUUGGGUGAGAGUGGAGAGAUGGAUGCUCUCCGAAUACAGAUGGAAGAGAGGUUCAUGGCUUCCAAUCCUUCCAAAGUCUCCUACGAGCCAAUCACCACCACUCUGAAACGCAAACAAGAGGAAGUGUCGGCGAUUAUCAUCCAGCGGGCUUACCGGCGUCACCUCUUGAGGCAAAAAGUUAAAAAAGUUUCAUGUAUAUAUAAAAAAGACAAAAGUAAAGAAGGCAAUGGAUUGCCUAUCAAAGAAGAUAUGAUUAUUGAUAAACUGAAUGAGAAUUCCACCCCGGAGAAAACUGACGUGACCCCUUCCACCACCUCUCCACCUUCCUAUGAUAGUGUAACAAAACCCGAAAAGGAAAAAUAUGAGAAAGACAAAACGGAAAAGGAAGACAAAGGGAAAGAUGUCAGGGAAGGCAAAAAGUAA